AUGGCCAGCGGCCGGCUGGGCGCCGGGCGGCCGUAUGGGGGAGAAAAGCGCAUGCCCGGCGCUCCCGGCCCCCCCCCGGUGGCGUGUUUUGCUCGCUUUGGGGCGAUGCUUUGGUGGGGUCGCGCUUUUGUAGGCGCCCCUGGGACGAUAGCGGUACGGUCGGCCCCUUGGCGGGUUGAUGGUCACGCCAAGGCCGAACCACCUGAACCUGCCUGGCGCCAGUUCGGGCGGGCCGCACCGCUGCCGCCCCGGCUGCGCGGCCGAUUGAUGGCCCCGCAACCGAGCGCGCGCCGGCCCUCCCUCCUCCUUCCUUGGUUCGUACGUCCGUCGGGGGCCCCGGCCCUGCAAGUCUGCCCCG